UAAAAUUGAUGCUGUGACUGUUGAUGGAGCUUUGGUGGCUGAGGCUGACCUGCCCCACCACAGCCUGAAACCUAUCAUGGCAGAAUACUAUGGAUCCAAAGAUGAUCCUCAAACCCAUUAUUAUGUCGUGGCCGUGGUGAAGAAGGGAACAGGCUUCCAGCUAAACCAGCUCCAGGGCAAGAAGUCUUGCCAUGCCAGCCUGGGCUGGUCUGCUGGGUGGUACGUCCCCCUCAGCGUCCUGCUUCCUUCUGGCUCUCGGGAAACAGCGGCAGCCACGUUCUUCUCCAGCAGCUGUGUGCCCUGUGCGGAUGGAAAGAUGUCCCCCAGGCUGUGCCAGCUGUGUUCGGGGAAGGGGACAGACAAGUGCUCCUGCUCCUCCGGGGAACCAUACUUUGGCUACUGGGGAGCUUUAAAAUGUCUACAGGAUGGCACAGGGGAUGUGAGCUUCGUGAGGCACCUGACGGUGUUUGAGGUCAUGCCAAGAAAGGCCGACAGGGACCAGUAUGAGCUGCUCUGCACAGACAACACCCGCAGGCCAGUGGAUGAGUAUGAACAGUGCUACCUGGCCCGGGUCCCUUCUCAUGUUGUGGUGGCUCGCAGUGUGGAUGGCAAGGAGGACUCGAUCCAAGAGCUUCUGAGAGUGGCCCAGGAACACUUUGGAAAAGACAAGUCAUCAACCUUUCAGCUCUUUGGCUCCCCUCACGGAAAAGACCUGCUGUUUACUGAUGCUGCUUGCGGACUUCUAAGGGUCCCUCCAAAGAUGGACAUCGGUCUAUACCUGGGAUAUGAGCUUCUUUCUGCCAUUCGGAAUCUGAAGAGAGGUUCAGAAGACUCCCAGAGGGUGAAGUGGUGUGCAGUGGGCCAACAGGAGAGGGCCAAAUGCGACCACUGGAGUGCUGUGAGUGGUGGCGCUUUGGCGUGCGCUACGGAGGAAACCCCUGAGGACUGCAUUGCUGCUGUCAUGAAAGGAGAAGCAGAUGCCGUGAACCUGGAUGGAGGAUUUGCCUACAUCGCAGGCCACUGCGGUCUGGUGCCCGGGCUGGGAGAGAACUACUUGUCUCCCCAUAGCAGCGAGAGGCUGGGGUCUAAGUGUGUGAACGCACCUUUGGAAGGUUAUUAUGUUGUGGCUGUGGUUAAGAAAUCAGAUGUUGGCAUCACCUGGAACUCUCUGCAAGGCAAGAAGUCCUGCCACACGGCCGUUGGCACUUCCGCAGGAUGGAAUGUCCCCAUGAAUUUAAUAUACAACCAAACUGGAUCUUGCAAAUUUGAUGAGUUCUUCAGUGGCGGCUGUGCCCCGGGGGCUAAUCCUGACUCUCGUCUCUGUGCUCUGUGUGCUGGUGGUAACAAACCAGCCCACAUGUGUGCUGCCAACAACGAUGAAGGGUAUCAUGGCUCCAGCGGAGCUCUCAGGUGUCUGGUUGAGAAGGGGGACGUGGCCUUCAUGAAGCACCCCACGGUUCUACAGAACACGGAUGGAAAGAACCCCGAGUCUUGGGCUAAGAGUCUGAAACAUGAAGACUUUGAGCUCCUCUGCCUUGAUGGCACCAGGAAGCCUGUGACUGAGGCUCAGAACUGCCACCUAGACAGAGUGCCAAACCAUGCUGUGUUCUCCAGGAAAGAUAAGGUUGACUUUGUCCAAAGAAUGCUCUUCAACCAACAGGAAAACCAUUGCAAUAAGAGAGUCUUGACUGUAGACAUCUGAGGGAGAAAGUCUUAUACAAGAUAAGCUGCCAUGUUGGCUACUGUGGAAAUCAACUAAGAGGAGAAGUAGGAUGAAGAUAUGGAACUGGUUGGAGUUCAAAG